AUGGAGAGAUAUAGUCAGUUUCGCGAUAAAGCCAUAGCGCCCUUCCUCCCUGUUCCCCCUGCGCCGGCGAGUAUCGUCUGGUUACCCGUCUACAUUUCCCUCUUUUGCGUGCGAUUGCCUUUUGUGAUUGCGCUAGGGCUACUGUAUUUUCUAGUACUGGAAUGGGUGCCAAUUGGGAGGAGGCUGAAGUAUGCGGUAUUGUGGUUGAUGGCGGGGAUUCCGGGGGUGUGGUGGGUGGAUUUGCAGGUUGAUGGAGUAAAGAGGGGACAAUUGAACCCAGCGAGUAACUACUACCCCAAAGCCGGGUCCGUCAUCGCAUCCUCGUUCACAUCGCCUCUCGACCCUCUCUAUCUCGCGGGAAUCUUCCAACCAAUCUUCACUCGGUCUUACCCCCACCACCGAUACGUCGAACGCAUAACUCUCUUUCGCGCCAUCCUACUCGCCUUCUCCCCGCCCGCUCUCACUCCACAAGACCCAUCAAAGCUCGUUUCGCUCAAGCAGCUCACGCACGAAAACCCUAACAGGGUCAUUUGUGUGUUCCCUGAAACGACGACGACGAACGGAAGGGGUAUCUUGCCCUUGUGCCCCAGUCUACUGAGUGCAGAUGGCAAGACAAAGAUUUACCCUGUCAAUCUGCGCUACACACCCCAGGACGUUACAACACCGGUACCAGGUGGCUACCUGAGCUGGUUCUGGGGCUUGCUGAGCAAACCAACACAUCAAAUGCGCGUCCGUAUCGCCUCACGUGUGUACAACAACAGCAACCAGGAUACACCUGAGCGCCAGAAACUCGCGGAGAAGGCGUCAGGGUAUGAGGCAAACAUCUUUGACCAACCAGAGUUUCGAAACGGGGCCAGUGGCAAACAUGGCGAGGGCGGUGAUGGCAUGCAUAUUGAUGUUGGCAGCGCAGUGCAACAGGAAGUUAGCGAACAAGAGCAAAAGGUGUUGGAGAGGGUUGCCGAGGACUUGGCAAGCCUGCCAAAUGUUAAGUAA